AUGCCUACGCAGCCGAGAAGAGAUGCUCAGCAGGGCGGGAGCAGCUCAUCCAAGACAGACGGAAAGAUGAAUGGCAAUCGAUCUGGUUUUCGGACGGACACUGCAAUCUCCAACGGUCGCUUCGGCGGCCAGAGAGUUCUGCAGCCGUGGGUCCCCGACAAGAACGACAACUUUGACGGAUCGUUGGAGAAGACCUCGUCCUCUGGUGCUCCUUGGGACCAGUUCGCCGAGAAUGAGAGGCUUUUUGGCCUCAAGACCGACUACGAUGAGAACAUAUAUACCACUGCCAUCAACAAGGACCACCCGCAAUACCGAGAGAGAAUUGCGGCUGCGGAGAAGAAGGCCAGGGAGAUUGAACGCAGUGCUGCCAUGACUGCCCACGUAGCCGAGGAGCGUGUUAUGGACUACUCCGGCGGCAAGGACCGCACUGACGAUAACGAGGAAGACAAAUACAGUGGCGUUCGCCGCCAAGACUUCCCCCCUUUGGCUUCCGGACGGGAGAAUCGUUAUAUGCCCCCAGCAAAGCGCGCACCAGCUGGACAGACCACAGUUAGGGGCGCUCCGGUGGACCCGGCAAUCAUUUCAUCACAGAUCAAGGUUGCGCCAAAGAGGCAACAGCAGCAGCAGCAGCAACAGCAGCAGCAGCAGCAACAGCAGCAGCAGCAGCAACAGCAGCAGCCGCAGGCCGGCGAAGCACCCAAAGUCACCGAACCAUCAAAAGCCAGCGAGCCAUCAAAAGCUUCCGCUUCCGAUGCUCUCAAAAACGGAAACCAGGGAAAGCGCGAAACUCAAAAGCCAGCAGAUGCUCAACAACCUUCAAACUCCUCGGCCUCCAAGCCUGCGGGAAAGGAUAACUCGACUGCUCCGGCUCCAGCUCCGGCAGCCUCUGCUCCAGCACCAGCACCAACAAAGGAGAAUGCCCGGCCAGCCGAGCCCAGCGUGGCUGAGAAGCAGGGUAUAAAUGGCCGUGCUACUGCCCUUGGAUCUACCUCUCGUCCCGUCGCCCAGCUGCCACCAAAUGCUCCCAGCGCAACGCUGACUGUCGAACGCGACGUUUUGGUCUCUUUCAAGAACUUCGCCACCCAGCAACGCCACUAUGCCGAGAAAGCUAGAAGCAACAAGGCAAAGGCGGACAAGGAAGUGAAGUUGACGGAGCUCAAAAAGUUCGCCAACGACUUCAAGCUGUCGACGCCGGUACCCUCGGAUCUCGUGUCCAUCAUCGCCAAGGACCCUGCCAAGCAGCGAGAGAUCCAGGCCAAGGCGAUGAAGGACGCAGAGGAGAUGGCGGCCAAGGCUAAGGACGUGGCCGCCCAGGCUAAGAAGGAGGUCGUCGCGCCCAAGGACGUGGCCCAGGCCAAGCGUGCGUCUCCGUCGACGACGGCAUCUGCUGCGGCCGAGGCCCGACCUGCGCGAGGGGCUCUUGGUCUUCAGGCCACGCCUCCUAAUGGCGGGCCCGGCCGUCAUGCAGGAUCUCGCCAGCAGUUCCCUCAGCAGCAGUACCACGCACAGGGCUAUAGGAACGGCCGCGUAGGUCCUCAGCAUGCUCCACAGCCGCAUGCCAACCCCAAUACGCUCGCGCAGCGCAUUCGGAGUUCGGAGCAGAGGUACUCUCAGCCUCCCCCCGCGCAUCAGCAUGCUGUCGGUCCCGAGAUUCGUGCGCCGCCGACGGGUCCCGCUAAUGGCGCCGACUACUCUCGGCGACACAGCGGCCACCCCGGAGCCAAGCUGAACCCGAACAGCAACGAGUUCAGGCCCAGCCCGUUCGCCCCGACCUUCAACCCCAACGGCCACCCCAGCGCCACGUCCAGCCCCCGGUCCGCCGUCAACCAUGUCUCCGACGUUGCCGCCCCCGCCCCCGCCGCCUCGACCCAGCCUCAGGGGCAGCUCAUCCGACGCAAGACCAAGGCUGUCGAUCCCAGCAAGUGUUGCAUCUUGGCACACAUCAAGACCAUUGCGCCGCCCCAGGGACGCAACUGGGACGACAACGGCGGCCUGCGCCCAGCCUACGACACCCUUCCCACCUGGCGCCAGCUGCAGGAUGAUGAAAAGCCCGACUCCACCAUGCAUCUCACCUACAAGGAGCUCUUCGAGCGACAGCCGUUCGCCGCCACCCCCUCGAUGCCGACGCCCAACCCGGCCCAUGUCGUGCCUCAGCUAGCCCACCAGCAUCAGCUUCCAUUCCACCUCCAGCCCGGCGCGCACAACAUGAUGCCGCGGCAGUCUCCGCACAUGCCCCCCAUGCAGAUGCACACGCCGCAGCAUGGCCCUCUGCCUCACCAGCCCUAUGGGAAUGACGACCAUCGGAUGAUGCACUCCAACUCGGCCCAGUCUUUUGCCUCGCCUCGCAUGGGACAACUGCCCGUGGCGUACCAGCAGGUCAAUCCAGGAGCGCAGGUCCCGUACGGGCAGCCGGUUUACAUUGGUGCUGGCAACCCGCAGCUUGGUCAGUUUAGGAGCUAUUCCAACAACCCGCACUACGUCCCGCCACAGGGGCAGAUGGGAGCCCCGAUGAUGAUGCAGCCGCAGUUCAUGGCUGGGCCUCAGGGGAUGAUGGCCCCUCCCAUGAUGUAUGGCACGCACCAUCCGCAGUUCAUGCCUCCUGCUGGCCCGCCGCAGCAGGUCCCGGUGGCCAACGGAUAUCCCAGCCCAGGGCGACCAGCCGCGCCGAUGAUGGUUCAUCAGGGGUCUCAGCAAAGUCAUAACAUGUACGCCAUGAGCCCCAACAUCCAGUACAACCAGCCGGCAUACGGUCCGGCACAAGGCGGUGCACCGAUGGCUAACACGCGAUCCUACACUGGUCAUGGGCCACAACAUUUCUCCCCCAACCCCCAGCAAGUGCCGCAUCACUACAGCCCGCAGCCGCCUAACAGCAGCGGCGGCAACUACAACGCUCAUGCCAACCAUGGCGCCGGCAAACAGCAGCAGCAAGCCCAUGCUCAUUCCGGUCCGCAAGCCAACCGUACAGCCUCCACGUCUCCUCCGAAUCAGGAGGCCGAAAGACCUGAUGAGGCAAAGUAG